GCAAUAGAACCAGUUCAGUUCUGUUCAGUUCAAUUGACAUGGACUACUAUACAAGUUAUGUGGCAGUUGUAAAUAAAUGUGCAAUUAAUUAAAAUGUCUAAAAAUAAAAAAAUCAAAAGAAUGUAAUUACUGCCUUUAAACUGCGUUCUGAAUUAGGCCAAAGAAAACAUUAAAAGUUACUAAACAUAUAUGAAAACAAACAACACAACAUAACGUUUUAGACACUAGAAGGUUUAUUGUUGACUAAGAACACAAAGAAUGCUCGAUUUGUUUGAAAUGUAAUGGUGGUUGCAUACAUCCAGGUGCUAGGAGUGUCCAAACGUAUCUUAACAUAUUUAAUUUCUUCCAAUAAACACAGUUUACUAAUGAUUCAUUCCAUUCCCGCUUUCGGUAAUAUUAACGUCUCAGUUCAGGAAACCUAAUCCCAACAACAGGUCACCCCAUUACAACCGACAAUAAACCCUCGGACUAAGCAGGGUGUGGUGGCCACCCUUGUUUACCUGCGAAUUUACAACAGGUCAACAGGUGUGUUUAGUUAGUCGUAUUUAUCUCUCGCUGAUGCGAUUUAAUCUAAUCUCGCAUCACGAAUAUUACGAUUAGUCGAUAAUAAUAAAUCGAAGAUGGAGCAGCUCGUCGCUGAAAAACGACUAACGGUGACUUAUGUGUUUUUGGCGAUUUGUGGGGCUGUUGCGAGCAUAACGACUGGUAUAGCGUGGGGCCACUGGAAACAAACGCUCGAUCAGUGCGUCGGCAGGAAUUGCAGUUGUAUUUUGUACGGAACGCAUACGCCUUCUAAAUUUUUAGGAGGAAGCAAUGGAUAUUGCAUCUGGACAACAUUCGGCCCGCUAUUCUACAUCUUCUUCAGCCUUUGUCUGGUCUGUUUUCACGGUUACAGAGUGUUAUUCGCAACGACAAAAACAUCGAGGGCCACCAGAUCUUUAGUGGCGAAGCUCGAACCGGGUGAUAACGUACGAAUACAAGCGGUCUCGGUGGAAACGACGAGCCCCUUACCGAAAGCGUUCUGGGUGACGACGUCAAUUUUGUCCGCCUUUUUCACCAUUUACUCGGUGGUUCAUUUUGCGAUGUUCGUGAGCGGUUACUACAGAACGUGCAACCAAUAUCGACAGUCUUUGGAACGGAUGUUGGGAAUAGGGGGAUCCGCGAUGCCAGUAAUCCAUUCCAGGUUGGGGUGUCAGGGAGUGUUCGACUUUAUGGAUUACGUGCAACAGGACAGCGCUUGGAGUUCUAGGGGCGGUUUCAUCUAUACUGGUUUGGAUUUAAUAUUGGGGAUGGUGGCGUCGGCGUUCUCCUGGAUUUUGUAUCUGAACGCCACGUUUUUGAACAUCAAACUGGCUCGUUUGAGCGGUGAAGAAGUGUAGUCAAAGGACAGAGAGAUUGACUGACUAACGACCAUUUUGAGUACAAAUUUAUUGCAUCGUAUCAUUUUCUUUCUCUAUUAGAUUCUAGUUAGAUUCGUCGUAUUUUUCCAUAUUGUCACAUAUUUUAGCUUACUGUUCAUUUGACCUCAAUGAAUGACUACCAGACACUGAAUCUCUCAAGAGAUUUGUUUUACCAUAAACUUGCCAUAUAGAAGAAGUAACAGACUAUUAUAAGCAAAGACGUAAAUGCAACAAAAUUUUAUUGAAAUGCAUACAAGAUACAAGUGCAAAUAUACUAAGCUAAGUAAAUAAAUAAAAAGGAAUGUAACAAUACUUUAUAUUAUAUACUUUAUAUAACUGUAUAGGUACAUGUUUUUAUAAUAAAUAAUUUUUUAUAGUAAUUAAUACAUUAGUGUUUGUUUGUUUUAUGUCGUGUCUGUCUGUCUCGCACAACUGAAGCAUUCACAUUAAUUGACUAUUUAUAUAUGUAUAUGUAUAUUAGGAAAUUCGAUUCAAGAAGUUUUACGACUUUGGUUUCACAUUUCUUUAGAUAGUUAGUUUAUAUAAUAAUAGUGGUAACAAAAUUUUAUCAGCAUCACCUGUAGUUGAAAAACUAAUUUGC